ACAGCUCCGACGCACUGCGCAUCUUCGAGGCUUCGCCGUGCAUUCGAUGAUACCCGCUGUGCCCUGCCUCCAUUCGCGUACCGAAUCUCCUACCGAGGAGCAGGCCAGACGUGUACCAUCUUCUGUCGGGAUCUCUACCCCCCGCAGACGGUUGGCUUAGCUCAUGCGCUGAUCAAAUCGGCGCCCAUGGGCCGCAAUUCCCUUCAUUCGCUGCUCGUGGGAAGCAGACCUCGAGUCCAUCGUAGAUUGGCAAGGAACCACAUAUAUUGCCGAGGCUUCGUUUGGCGUCGCCUCACGACCUUCCACCCUUCCACCGCACCUAUUUUUCGGCCACCCCACUGCACCACCCCGAGCGUUUUACGGAUAUGGAGCCCUUGUUGGUGGUUCUGCUUAGCAGCGGCGUGCUGCUUGCGCUGUUCGUGCGCCAGUACCUCGCUGGCCGCCAUUUGAGGAAGAUCCGGGGCCCCGAGUCGCCAAGCUGGCUUAUGGGCCACACCAGCGUGGUCAACGCGCAGUUCGAGGUUGGGGCGCUGGAGAGGGAGUGGAUGAAGGAGUACGGGCUCAUUUGGAGACUCAAGACGUGCUUCAACGAGGAUACGCUCCAGAUCGCUGACCCGAAGGCGCUUCAGUACAUCUUCCACAAGUCCGGCUACCACUUCCAGAAGGGCGCGGUGGCGAGGCAGUUCACGCGUGAGAUUACAGGCCCUGGCAUCCUCUUCGCGCAGGACCAGGACCAUGCGCGUAUCAGGAAGAUCAUGAACCCUGCCUUCACCGCAAGCCAGCUCCGGUCGUUCCUCCCGCUCUUCCGGCACUCUGCUCAGAAGCUCGCACAAAAGUGGAAGGAGCAGCUCCUGACCGGGACGGACGCGGCCACGCAGAAGAUUAACGUCUCGGCGUGGCUCGCCCGUUGCACGCUGGACGUUAUUGGCGAAGUUGGCUUUGACGUGCAGUGCGGCGCGCUGGACGACUCCCUCAACCCCGUCAUGCACGCGUACAAGAACAUGUUCUCCGAUGCCAUUCCGUUCCCGUCCAAGCCCACCCUCCUUUUCCGUCACUUGUGGCGGUACAUCCCGAUGCCCAUCUUGUCGUUCGUGCAGUAUGUUCCGUCGAAGGAGCACAUUCGCUUCCGGAGCACCCUGAAGGUGAUCAACAAGUUUGCGAAGGACCUUAUCAAUGAGAAGACGGAGGCGGUUCUCGCGGGGAAGAACGAGAACAAGCGGGACAUGAUGAGCAUCCUAGUGAAGGCGAACGCGUCGGAGAACCCCAAGUCUCGGCUCACUGACAAUGAGAUGAUCUCCCAGAUGGCGACCUUCCUCCUUGCCGGCCACGAAACCACUGCGAACUCGAUGACUUGGAUGCUGUACGAGCUCGCGCGCCACCCCGACUUCCAGAACAAGAUGCGCGAGGAGGUGCGCGCGAUCCGCGCGCGCGUCGCGGAGCGCGGCGACUCCGACUUCACCGUGAGCGACCUCGACGCGAUGACGCAUGUGCUCGCGGGGAUGAAGGAGGUUCUGCGGCUGCACCCGAUCGUUUACGGCCUCAUUCGCGAGGCGAGCCGCGACGAUGUGAUCCCGCUGUCGACCCCAGUCACGACCACCACGGGCGAGGUUGUCGACGAGAUUCCCAUCCCGAAAGGCACGGCCUGCCAGAUCUCCGUGUGGGCGUACAACAGGUUGCCGUCAAUCUGGGGUCCCGACGCUGACGAGUUCAACCCGAACCGGUGGAUCGAGCACGAGAAGAUGGGCCAGACGUAUGUCGGCGUGACCUCGAACCUGAUGACGUUCAGCGCGGGCCUGCAGGCGUGCAUCGGAUGGCGGUUCUCGAUCAUCGAGAUGCAGGUCAUCCUCGUCGAGCUCAUCGAGCAGUUCGAGUUCAAGAUCCCGGACGACAACCCCACGAUCAUCAGCUUCCCGGCGGGCCUUACCGUGCCGCUGGUGAAGGAGGACAUGAAGGCGGGCCCGCAGAUGCCGCUGAUGGUCUCCCUUGUGCAGUAGGGCAGCAUUUCGCGCUAUCGUCUUUCUGGGUCGGGGUCCUAGCUCUUGCGUGCUGCUGUCGAGGGCACUGACGUUCUUUAGUUGCAUCUGAAAUCUCUGGGACAUUCGUACUGUAUGACUUAUACCAACUUGUGACUGCAAUCUGGAUAUUAUAUCGGCAGCGAGUGGCAUCGGCGC